CAAACGUCUUCGGAAACAUGGAGGUGGAGAGUUGGGUUGAGAUCCUAAAAUCAUCAAAGAAAACAGCUUUUAUACACGAUGAUAAAAGGAAGAUCCACUUCCUCUUCACAGAUGGAAAAGAGAUGACGGAGGAGUAUGACUUGAAAACAGAUGAGCUCAUUGUUAGAAAGUGGCGUCAUAAAAGCACACUUGGAGCUCAGGGCGACUGGCAGGUAGAGGUCGGGGAGCCACCUGCAGGCCCUGUCACUUAUUCGGAUUCGGAGGUGAUCAAGGAGAACUGCUCCAAUCCUGUGUUCUUGCGUAAAGACACAAAGACCAGCUUCCAGUGGAGAGUUCGCAACCUUCCCUACCCCAAAGAUGUCUUUAGUGUCUUUGUGGAGCCAUCUGACAGAAGCAUCAUCAUAAAAACCUCAAACAAAAAGUAUUAUAAGAAGUUCAGUAUUGCUGAUUUAGACCGCAAUCAGCUGCCAUUGGACAACUCCGCCCUCAGCCUCACUCACGCCAACAACACUUUAAUUGUCAACUACAAGAAACCCAAAGAGAUCUUAACCCUUGAACAGGAGCUACUGAAGGAGCUGAAGAAACUGAAGGGGACCGGCGAAGGGGAUGCUGACUGCAAAACCCAGUGAAGAGGAUAAUACUGCGUUGUCUUUAAAAAGUGCCUUUUCAAUGGUUUAUCCCGUCUUAUUGUCUUGUUUUAAUUCAGGUUCAUUUUUUAGUGCGGUUAGUGUUUUAAUUUCUCCUGCCAUUUAUAUACAAUUAAUCUAAAACAGACAUAUUCAGUGAAAUAUAAUGUGUUUUUUAAAGUCUCACAACCUGAUUGAAACACUUUGUAGCUGAUCCAUGUGUUUUUUCCCCAAAUUAAAUCUUUUAUAAUAUGA